GUUCCACGUCUGUUUAUUGGUGUUCUGUGUAUGACAAAUACGGGAAGCCUAAUGAAAAUGGCUGAUCAAGAUCGAUAAAAGUUGUACCUUGUUUUUGGUAAUUUUCUCUACGAAAUUUCGCUAACAAAAUUUAGGGAUUACGUAUAAUUUAGUGUACCGGUCCUAAAAGUGCAGUUAAAUGACAUAGUGCUUAAAUCGGGGGUUUAAAUUAGUGGAAAAACUGUAAAUUUAAUAAGUUAAUUAUGUAGUAAUUGUUUUGCAGAGGCUUUUGAACGUUCUAAUUGGAAAAAAACGUAAUGGCUACUACUCAAGGAGAAAUUAGGGUGGGUCCCAGCAGCCAGGCUCGCCUUCCGGAAUACCGGCCGGGCGUACCACCGGAACAGCUCUCGCCCGAUCCGGAACAGACCAAGAUCAGAGAGGAGCUCCGAUGGGUGCCCGCGAUGACCUUAGACGCCGACCUUCUGAUGUACCUGAGGGCCGCGAGAUCGAUGGCCGCCUUCGCGGGAAUGUGCGACGGCGGGUGCCCCGAGGACGGCGCCAACGCCGCCUCCAGGGACGACACCACCAUCAACGCCUUGGACGUGUUGCACGAUUCGGGAUACGAUCCGGGCAAAGCCUUGCAGGCUCUCGUAAAAUGCCCGGUGCCCAAAGGGAUCGAUAAGAAGUGGAGCGAAGAAGAAACGAAACGUUUCGUUAAGGGUUUGAGACAGUUCGGGAAGAAUUUCUUCAGGAUCAGGAAGGAUUUGCUGCCGCACAGGGACACUCACGAGCUGGUGGAGUUCUACUAUUUGUGGAAGAAAACGCCGGGCGCGAAUAACAAUCGUCCUCACAGGAGGCGACGCCAGGGAUCGCUGCGUCGCAUCAGGAAUACGCGUAACAGUAGAGGAGGUAAUACAUCAAGUAGCGCAGGUCGAAACGUACCGGCUGAGACGGAAAAUAACCGUCCCUCGCCUCAACCCGGCAAGGAGCCCGGCGAAACCAGCUCGGUCACUGAAGAUGACAACGACAGCGAGGACGACAGCGACAGUCGCGAGGCUCAGUACCGAUGUUCGCAUUGCUUCACAACCAAUUCCAAAGAUUGGCAACACGGCGGUAAGGACCGGCAAAUGUUAUGCUUCGAUUGCAGAGCACACUACAAGAAAACCAACGAACUACCGCCUCUUACAGCUCCCGCCGCCGGCGGUAACACGGAUUCCCCCGAUACGAGUCCGCAACGCAUGCGCACCCGCAACAAAGCCAAAGAACAAACGACGAACCGGGUGCGACCGAAGCGAGGCGGCACCGAGACGCCGGAGCCCAAGACGCCGAUAAAAUCGUCGCAGAGCGCCGACAAGACGACGUCGUCGCAGGGCAACGGCACGCCCGGCAAGAAGAAGAAGAGCGACAAGCAGGAGACGCCGAACAAGAACAAGGACAACCGCAAGCGCCAGCAGGACAACAAAUCCGAGGAGAACGACAUCGAAGAGAGGGAUCUCGGUUUGUUGAAGAAGAAACGCGACAGGGCCGAAAGUCCGUGCAGCCUCACGACCGAUUCCGAGACCGUUAACGACGAUGUGGAAAACACGGAGAACGAUAACGACAGUUCGGAGGCGAAUCCUGCUUGUAACGCGGCCGGCGUUUCAUCAGCUUCAACGUCUUCUGCUUCUACAACAUCAACAUCAUCGGCGAGCACCGCAACUUCUUCGCAGGAAUCCCUAUGCAAGCCGUUGAAACAAGAAAUCGUCGAGCCUCCGGACAUCAAACCUUUACCACCGUCGCCUUCGAGCAUAUCCUCGAAUUCGUCCAAAUCCCACGUCUCCGAACCCAUGCCUCUAAACGUAUCCAUACGCUUGCCGGACGACAUAAACGAAAGGAAGAAUCUGAUCAAACGCAACUUGGACUCGGCUUUGGACAGCAAAGACGUUAAAUUUAACAUGGAGGCGGCGAAUUUCAAUUCGGAGAGUAUCAUGGGUAUGAAGUACAAUCCGCAGAGCGCCUUCGAAAAUUCGGAGAAUUCCGAAAGCGAAUCGAAGGAAGAACCUAAAGAAACUUGUCCGAUAAUACCCGAGAAAUCGUUCAAAACCGAAUUAAUCAUACCGAAAAUCCAUCCGAUCAAAGAAGAAUUGGACAAUUCCAACGAAUCUAUACACAAUAAGGAGGAAUCCUCGUACAAAGACAGCAUUUUCAUGCCGCAAAAUCUAAUCAAAGAACCCGUCAGUUUCGGCAUGAAAGAUCCGCCGUUGAUCAAUCACCUGGCGCCGAAAGCGAAGGAACCCGAAGCGCCGGAACCUUACAAUGAAAUCAAACAGGAACCGUACAGUUACCAGCCGCCUAAAGACGCCAACGCCGCAAUAAGCAGCGUUAACAACACCGUAAUAAAAUUGGAACCCAGAGAGGAACCGAUGGAAUUGACUAGUCAAAGUAGAUCCGAGCCGCAAAGCUACAACCCGUUGAACAUCCCCCAAGUCAUACCGAUGGCGCAAAACAUAACGACUUACGACGAAGAGAAGCGUUUGGAGAAAUUGGAAAGACCGGAGCGCGUCGACCGGCCCGAGAGACCCGACUUGGUACAAAUUUCCUCCUCCUCCAUAGGCCAACCGCCGCUACCCAGCCUAAUGUCGGGCAAUUUGGUGACGAUAGGCGGCACCCAACCGCCGCCGCCCAUCAGCCACUACGGCUUCAUGACCGGCUUGAGUCCCUUCAACCACCCGCAAAGUCCGCGCAACAUCGACAAGAACCAGCCGUCGCACCAGAACGAGCCGCAGAACCUCAAAAUCAAGCAGGAGGUACAGGAGGUCCCCAGCACCCAGAACCAACCGUUGCCUCCCAAUCAUUUGAGCGGUUUGAGCAGUUUUACGCAAACCGCCUUGGGCGCCGGCGGCGCCGCUCAGCCGCCCCAAAGCCUGGCCUUGCCGCCCGUUUCGCAGAAUCUGUCGUCGAGUUUGCCGACCUCUGGAGGGUUCGUGGCGCCUCCAAGCCACCUGCCCAGUCCUAUGACGGAUCCAUUGCAAAGUUUGAAGGACGUAAAGAUACCCGGAUAUGUUCCGCCGCAAUCGCACAAUCAGUCGAAUAGCGAUAGGGACAGGGACAGGGACAGGGAGAGAGACAGGAACGAUCGUCCCGCUUCCGGUCCUGCCGUGGAGAACAUCAAAAAAGAGCAGGAAUACAUUCGAUCGUCGAGCACGGGUCCCAGUCCGAAACCGCACGUCGAAAAAUGCUCGACGCCCAAAAGCAGCAGUAAUACUAACACUCCAACGCCGAGCAGCCAACAAACGCCGCCUCCUCUACGACAACAAUGUACCAAUUCGCCGCAUUCGGCCAUCAAUUUGAUAUCGCCGAGUUCGAUGCCGCCGACGUCGCUGCCGCAGCCGCACCCGUCGCAACCGCACCCGUCGCCGUACGGCUCGAUGCCGCCGCACCAUCCGCACUUCCACCCGUCGUUCCUCCAAAUGCAAUUCCCCGGUCCGCAUCCCUACUCCGGCUACCCGUUCUCCUAUCCCUAUCCGUAUCCGGUGGUGCCGCAACCGCAUCCGGUGCCGCCGCCGACCAGCCGGCACGAGAUGAUCGGCGCGCCGAAGUCCAUCGACACCGUCAGCGCCACGUUGAUGUCGUCGCAGCACAGCACCAGUUCCACUCUCACGUCGAAGCGCGAGACGAGGGAAUCGGACGAGAACGGCGAGCGGCAUCAGACGCACGAGAUGACGCUGACCAAUCACCAGAGCACGUCGCACAACAGCUCGGUGCACGCCACCGUCGACAAACACAACUACGGGAGCAGCCACAGCAUUACCAUCUCGCACAGUACCAGUACGAGCAGCAGCCAGAGCGUGCAGCACAAGGUUAAUCAGAAGACGGUGAGGAGUAGUUCUCCGCAUACUCCAGUUUCUCAGACGACGUCCUCAUCGAGCCUGAACCACUCGUCGUCGGGCUCGGCGAGCAGCCACCAGCACACGCACCAUCACACCCACACGCACCACGAUCGGCUGUCGCCGGGCGCGCAACUGCUGCGCCACGGCAUGCACAAGCCGCCGACGCCGCAGGCGCCCAACGCCCACCACCUCAUGAUCCAGCCGCCCAACAUGGGCCAUCACUCGUCGUCGUUGGACGUGCUGCGGGCGCACGCCGCCCAGGCCGCCGCCGGCAUGCAUCCGCCCUCGUCGCCGAUGAACGCGCCGCCCAAACUCAUCGCCGACGAGGUGAUCAAAGUGGAACCCGAUCCGGAACCCGUCACGCCCGAGGAGGAGGGCCAGCAGAGCCCCGUCGCGCCGCCGAGGGGCCCGUCGCCCGAGCCGAGGAUCGAGGAUACCGAGUGUCACAGGAGUCAAAGUGCAAUAUUCUUGCGUCAUUGGAACCGAGGCGAUUACAAUUCGUGCACGAGGACCGAUCUGACGUUCAAGCCGGUGCCCGAUUCGAAGUUGGCGAGGAAACGCGAGGAGCGGUUGCGCAAACAGGCCGAACGGGAGCGCGAGGAACGCGAGCGCGCCCAACAGGCGCAACAGAGGAAGAUCACGACGCCCGAAAAACCGGACGUGAAGCCGCCGUCUAGGGGGCACUUGGAGAACGUGAGCAGCCCGUACGAGCGGUUCCCGCGGCCCGGAUUCAACGAUACGCCGGCGCUGCGACAGCUGUCCGAGUACGCGAGGCCCCACGCCGGUUUCAGUCCCGCUAACAAAAUGUUUAUAGGUCACAUUCCGAGGUCGUUGUUGCCGCCUUCUCAUCCCGUCAUGGACCCAAUGAUACAGUACCAGUUGAAUAGCAUGUACGGACCGGGUACCAGAGAGAGAUUGGAAUUGGAGCACUUGGAACGAGAGAAACGCGAACGUGAAAUCAGGGAGCUCAGAGAAAGGGAAUUGAACGAUAGGUUGAAAGAGGAAAUAAUGAAAAGCGGUAUGAGAGGACCGGCCAAUCCGAUGGAUCCACACUGGCUGGAGAUCCAAAGGAGAUACGCUGCUGCUGGUUUAACAGGACCUGGAGGUCCUGCGGGUUUGCCACUGCAUCACUUCGCCUUAUAUCCCAGCGGGGCGGGCGCUCCUCUAUCCCAAAUGGAAAGGGAACGGCUCGAACGGUUGGGCAUCCCGCCGCCACCGGGAGGACCGGGCGGUCCGGGCGGACCGCCGCCCGGCCAUCCGCAUCAUCCCGCCCAUCAGGCGCAACUCGAAGCCGCCGAAAGGCUCGCCCUCGCCACCGAUCCGAUGGUACGUUUGCAAAUGGCCGGCAUAUCUCCGGAGUAUCACGCGCACACGCACGCGCACACCCACGCCCACACGCACCUGCAUCUGCAUCCGCAGCAGCAACAGGCGCAACAGGAGGCGGCCGCGGCGGCGGCGGGUUUUCCCUUGCCUGCUUCUGGGGCUCCAGGUUAUCCUCGACCGGGUCUGAUGCCGAGCAGAGACGGACCGUUGGGUUUGCACCAUCCGGAUUUGCUGGGGAGGCCUUAUGCUGAUCAAUUGGCGCACACUGCGGCUGCACACGAGCAGUUGCAGAGGCAGAUGAUGCUAGAAAGAGACCGGUUUCCUCCUCAUCCUUCGAUAGUGGCUCAGCACGAAGAGUACUUAAGGCAACAAAGAGAACGAGAACUUAAAGUGAGGGCUCUGGAAGAGGCUGCAAGGGGAUCGAGGCAGUAAAAAUCUCUAGGUUAAUUCGACCGCCUGCGAGCGUUAGGAAGAAGGAUUACAAAAAAUAUAUAUCAUAUAAAUAGUUUGAAUUUUAAAAAUAUUCUUAUAGACUUAAUUUAUAUUUUAAAAUAGCGAAAAUAUAUAAACGACAAAUAUUUUUUAAGAUCAAAAAAAAUAUGUAUACAAUUUUAAUUUUUUUGAAAUAUAUUUUGCGUAAAAAAUGUAGACGUAAAUUUGAAACGCGAUUAUUGGUUGCUUUAUCGUAAAUUUUUGUAUAGCUUUUAUAAUUUUUUUGUACAUAGGUUUUUAUAAAUUUUAGUAUGCUUUUUAAGUAUUAAUUAUUGUAAUUUUUUAUAGACAAAAAUAAAAAAUGUAUUUUUAAAAAAUAUAGUGCAACCAUUUUUAAUUAAAAAAAUAUAUCGACAAAAUGGAAAUUUAUAUUCGAUAAUCGACUAGUGCAUUAAUUUCAGUGUCGCGUUUUGUUCGAUUAAUAUCAAAAAUGAAAAACGUUUUACCAAAGAGUUUCAUAAUUUCGUAUGUAAUUUUGUUUUUUUUUUCCUUCUGGGUGUACCAAAAAAAGCUGUUGUAACUUGUGCUAAUUUUUUAAUAUAAAAUUUGUAUAAACAAAAAAGUGAUUUUUAUUUUUAACACACCGAUAGACGUUGGUCGAGACGUAAUAAUACAAAUUGGGAAUAGGAUGAAGUCGUUUUGGGUUAUCAAAUUUCUUAUUCAGGUAAAGAGUUUUCUUGAAUGAGAAAUUGGAUAAUAUACAGGAUGUCCCAAUGAAAAGAAGCCUAUUUAAUCAGCUCAUAUCUAAAAGUAGAUAUCUACUUUGAAAAUAUAAUAAAAGUUAAGUUAUCGAAAAGUCAUAAGCUGAUUAAACGGGCUACUUUUCAUUGGGACACCCUGUAUAUAUAAAUUAAUUUAAGCGGGGUUUAGCUUUGGUGGAUUAUCAUGUUUAUGAAUUAUCCGAAUAUCCGUUGGAUUAUCCGAAACAAUUUCGUAUAGCCUAAACUCGGUAGAGAAAAAAUGUUUAAUCCAUUUGAAUAACACCUACAAUUCUUCGUAAAUUUAUUUUUUACAGUAUAAAAUUAACUAACCAAAAUACCUAUAGAUUCCAUCAAAUUAUACAAAUUAAUAAAAAAACACGUACACUAACUGUAACUAGAUCAAACAAUUAAUUAGCAAUUAAUCAUACCGAUAAAAAAUGUGAUUAACAGUCAGUCUUAACCAGCAUUGAACAAGCAUUGCACUGUUUUGAAAUUAAAAAAGAAUUAAAAAUUGGCACCUAACAAGAAGUUAAAUAAUUCUCUUGUAGUUACAGGUAAUGUAAAGUAUUGAGCUCGAUAAAAUUAUUUACAACUUAAUAUUAACUAUAUUCUACCCUUUUUCCAUGUUUUCUUUUUCAAAAACGGCCACUUUAUAAGUUAUAUUAUAAUUUCAAUCUAUCACAAAAGAUUAUUUCUACAUACAUUAUUUUUAAUGAAUACACAGGUGAUGUAUUAUUUACGCGGACACACUGUAUAUAUUGUAAAAGCUGGAGUAUAUAAAAUUAAUAUUAAAUUUAAUAAUCAAAUAACUGUAAUGGAAAUGCUCAUACUAAUGGCAGAACUUGAUUUAUAAUUAAUUUGUAACAGAUUCUCAAUUUUCGAGAGUUACAAAUAAUUUGAUAACUUGUGUUGCCCUAAUAUUAAAAAUCUAAAAUGUUCAAGCAAUGCCAUUAAACUUAUUAAUUAAAAUAUUCUAUUUGCGAUUCGAUCAUUUGAGAUAAAUAAUAAAAUAUGGGACGGAAAACAAUGCACAAAAUUAAAAUAGUAUACGAGAGAUUAACCAAUCAGAACAAACUGUGUAUGAUACAAUAAAACAAUCUAAGUAAAACACACUAAAAAGACAUUUUUAAGCUGGGAAUAAUACAUCAUAAGAAUGACUAUUAAUUGUUCUACCAACUAUUCUCUACACGGAAGUGAUAAAAAAAACCCUUCGGCCCCAUUUAGUGCAUUUUACUUACGAACCUACCGAGAAAAAUACCUUCACACAUUGACGGACUUCUCUUGAACCAACCCAGUACCAGCGAUGGCCAACAAAUGGCGAGUACUGGACCCGCUCGUGUAGCUGUCGCCGCUGCUGCGAACGCUCGCGUGCGACAACGGCGUACCCGGCAAGCGUUGGGGCGUACUCUCCACCGAGCUGACGUUUGUCCCUUCGUAGAGCGGCGCCGACGGGAUCGGCUCGUCCGGCGUGUAGUAGUCCGAUUCGUCGCCUCUCUCACCUAACAAAUUCGAUUGUACCUUUAAUAAACGAAUCACGAAGGAGUUCUAUGAUGUAAAACCGCCCUGCGUCGACUGCUGAGCGAGCUCGACAUGAACACUUCUUAGAUAUUGGCCCAUAUUCAGCGCUUCCGUUUAAGUUUAGUGACUCUUAAAGUCCCUAGUUACUCCAUAACAACAAUUUAAAACCUGUCAAGUUAAAGUUUGUUUCGUAUAAUAAAGAUAACCUGACGACUUUAGACCACCUAAGUAAGGUCUUCCUCGCUGCGCGAGCUCAUCAUUUGCAGAUUUGUUUUGCUAAAUGGAAAUGGGAAAAAACGUAGAGAAGGAUCUACAAAUAGGAUGGCUUUUUUGAAACAUACCGUAAGUUUUGCAUUUUUCGGGUAGUUCCUGGUGGUCCUCUUGAUCGUCAGUAUAUUGAUCAUCGAUCGGAUCGACAACGUCCUCCAUGUUCAAGGCUAAAUUGUUGGUUUUGGAAGUAGACCUAUCGAUUUUUUGCAAAAGUGGCGACAACUUUUCAGUUUCACUGUCUUCGUCAACAUUCUACAAAAUACAUCAACUGAAUUUAUCUUCACCUUCACACUCGCACCUUACUUACAGCUUCCUUUUCGUUCUUCUCGUUAAUCAAUCUGACAUCGUCUCGCUUUCGUCUUCGGUCAAUUUCCUUCUCCAACAAAGGCAAUUUACCGUCCUUGUUGCUAUCUUCGUCUUCUAUUCGCCUUGUAGUCAACAUGUUAAUGUCGCGACUGUAAUCCGGACUGUGCGGCGGCUCCAAACCGCCUCCUCUCUUUUUC